GCCCAAGCACGACCCGCCUCCCCGCCCCUGGGGCGGGGCCUCACGCACCUGCCUCGCACCAAUCACGGGCCGGCGCGCGGGAGCGCACGCGCCGGAGACCUGGACGGUGCCGCGCAGCGCAACACUCUCAGCGACCUGCCGGCCUCCCACAGUCCUGAUUGGCCAUCCGGGAGUGACGUAACGGCCUCCUCGGCCUAUAGCAACGGAGCCGACUGGCGGCGGGGUGCGGAAGCGGUGGCGUGGUGGGCGCAGUGCCGGUCUGCGGCGCUGGUGCCGGGUAAGGGGUGCGGGCUGCGGGGUGCAGAUGCGGAAGUUGCUUCGCUUCUUGCCGGCUUCGGAGGAAUGACGCGCUUCGCUCUGACCUUGGUCCGGCAUGGAGAAACGAGACUUAACAAGGAGAAGAUACUUCAAGGACAAGGAAUAGAUGAGCCUCUUUCAGAAACUGGAUUUAAGCAGGCAGCUGCUGCUGGUGUAUUUCUUAAUAACGUGAAAUUUACUCACGUUUUCUCCAGUGACCUCACGAGGACAAAGCAGACCGUGCAUGGGAUUUUGGAGAAGAACAAAUUCUGCAAAGAUCUGACGGUAAAAUAUGACUCCAGACUUCGAGAAAGGAAAUACGGGGUUGCGGAAGGCAAGCCUCUCAGUGAGCUAAGGGCCAUGGCCAAAGCCGCUGGGGAGGAGGGGGCCAUGUUCACACCGCCGGGAGGAGAGACCUUGGACCAGGUGAAAAUGCGUGGAAAAGACUUUUUUGAAUUUCUUUGCCAGCUGAUCCUGAAAGAAGCAGGUCAAAAUGAACAGUGUUCCCAAGAAGCUCCAAGCAACUGUCUGGAAGCAUCUUUGGCAGAGAUCUUUCCUUUAGGGAAAAACUGUGCCUCCACGUUUAAUUCAGACGGCGCCGCUCUAGGCUUAGCGGCCAGUGUCUUAGUCGUGAGUCACGGCGCCUACAUGAGAAACCUGUUGGGCUAUUUUCUGACCGACCUCAAGUGCUCCUUGCCAGCGACUCUGAGUCGGUCCGAACUCACAUCCGUCAGCCCCAACACAGGGAUGAGUGUCUUCAUCGUAAACUGCGAGAAAGGAGAAGGGAAACCAACCGCCCAGUGUGUGUGCGCGCAUCUACAGGAUCAUCUGACCCGGGCGACCGCAACUCACUAACCUUAAAUCUGCAUCAAAACCUAAAACUUGUGGAGCGUCUGAGGGACUGCCUUGGACUUUGUUUCCUUCCGCUGCAUCUCUGGAUUGUAAAGGGAUCAAGGGACUCAAUACUGCAACUUGGGGGAUUAAUAACCCCAUUACUAUGCUGUCUUUCCUUUUUUUUUUUUUGGCUUUUUUAGGGCCACACCCGUGGCAUAUGGAAGUUCCCAGGCUAGGGGUCACAUCGGAGCUGGCCUACACCACAGCCAAAGCCACGCCAGAUCCAGGCCACGUCUGAGACUUACACUGCAGCACAUGGCAACGCCGGAUCCUCAACCCACUGAGUGAGGCCAGGGAUUGAAGCCAUGUCCUCAUGGAAACUAGUCAGGUUCAUUACUGAUGAGCCGUGACGGGAACUCCUUUUCCCUUUUUUUAAUGUCAGUACUUUUCUUUAAGGUCUAGCCUACUUUAUUGGCUCUUGAUAAGAUACUGUAUGUUUUGUACUCUCUCAGCCAGUGCCUGGAAGAGGGAACUAUUUUAAGUCCUACUCUGUAUUUAUGUGACAGUGCAUUCUAUUUGAAAAGUCCUUUAAAUGAGAAAUGCCUGCCGUCAUAGUUUAUGUAAAAGCAGACACUAAACAUUUGAUGUAGAAAUCAGCUGUUGGCAUUAUUUGCUUUGGAGGCUUUAAGGUAUGGAUGGAUGCGGCCUGUGGUUCCAGAAUUGUCUCCUGAGGAAACAGCCUCUGAUGAUAAAACUUUAAGAAGGAACCUCUGAGCAGAAGAGAGAAGAGCAGAUCUUUCUCAUCCAGCAAGUAAGCGUCAGAAUUGAGUUGGAGGAAGGUGCUGGAGACAGUAAACAGUUGCUCCGUACUUGUGCUUCACAGUCGUACAGAACAAAUGGGGGGCUUCACUGAAAACUGCAGCUGUGCUGUCAUAACCACAACUGUGGCGUUUUUUGUGACGGUACAGAUGAGCUUACCUCUCUUUUCCACCAGAUGGCGCUGGAGAAAAGGGAUUUGGGUUCACUUAAUACUGUUUGGGAGACCGGUCCCUCUUGCGUCCUCAUCUACAUGGAGAACGUGUUUUCCGUGCCUUUUGCUUUUCCAUUAUGUUGAUGAGUGCGUGAGUCUCAGCUUACACGAAGCUGUCAGUUAAGGCUUAAAUCACGUGCAGUCAAAAUCUACCUUGAAUCUCAUUUAAAUCACCUAUCGAGUCCAGGCUUAUGCUGGCCUCAGCAUGUCCAGGGCCACCAGAUUUCCUGCCAGCAUUGGAGCGGAGCCCGUGGCUGGGAGCAGAGGAAGUUGGCUGCAGAUGGAAAUUUGCAGAGUAACCGAAAAAGGACAAAUAAGAAAUGUGCACAUCUCCACUGUCCAGAAGGAAUAACUACCCCCUCCUUUUUUUUUUUUUUAAGAAAUAACACAUUGAGCUGUAAGUGAAGUUCCUUUAAGCAGUUGUCGCUGUCCUGUUUCCUCCUGUCCCUGCAGAGGUGACAAGCACAGCAUGUCUGUACAUUCCUGCAUCCUUCAAGUUCUAAAAACAUCCAUAAAUAUCAGCACGCUCUCUGUAUUCUGUAUUUUCACUUAAUAUAUCUUGGGGCUCUAUAUGGGUAUGUAUAGAUCCAGUUACUUGUAACCACUGUAUUCUGCAGAAUAAAUACAGCAUAUUUUGUUUCUCUAA